AUGGAAGCCCAGCGCCGCCUGGCGCCUGGCCGGGGCUGCGGGCACCCUCCUCCCAGCGCCGCCGGUCCGGAACCCGCGGCCGCGCCCGUGUCGGUGCCCGCGCCGCCGCAGGGCCCUGCUGUGGGCGGCGGCUUGGCGGGCUUCGAGUUCGCGCCUCCGCAGGAGCCAGAGCCGCGGGCUCCGGGGACGUGGGCGGGGGCGGCAGCGGGACCCCCGACGCCUUCGGCGCACAUCCCGGUGCCAGCGCUCAGAGCCCCCCAAGGAAAAGUCCAGCUGGAUGAGGUCAUGGCUGCCGCAGCCCUCACAAGCCUGUCCACCAGCCCCCUCCUGCUGAGGCCCCCGGCUGCAGCCUUAAGCACAGACGCCUGCUUGGAGCCCUGGCCCCAGACCCUGGGGCAGCCACCAGGCAGUUACAGCAGCAGCAGCAGUGGGGACUGGGGCUGGGACCCAGCCAGCGAGCAGUCCUGUCCAUCCUCCCCAUCACCCCCACUGCCCCCAGAGGCAGCCUUCCUGUUUGGGGAGCCUGCCCCUCGGAAGAGGAAGAGCUCGGGGCAGGUCCUGUUCCAGUGCCUGUGGAAGCGCUGUGGGAAGGUGCUGAGCACAGCCUCCGGGAUGCAGAGACACAUCCGCCUGGUGCACCUGGGGCGGCAGGCAGAGCCGGAGCAGAGUGAUGGCGAGGAGGACUUUUACUACACGGAGCUGGGCAUUGGUCUGGAGGUGCUGACCGAUGGGCUGUCCAGCCUGACCCCGAUGUCCCCCACGGCCUCCCUGCUGCCCACCUGCCCUCACCUGCUGCCAGAGCCCCCAGCCUUGCCCAGCCUGCUGCACCCAUUGGCCUUGCCCCCACCCCAGGUGCUGAGUCCUGCAGCGCCCCCCCAGGUGUGCCACAAUGACCACUCCUACCAGGGCUGCCUGGCAUCCACCGAGCUGCAGCCACAGCCCAGCACAGUCAGGGCCUGCGUGCCAGCCGUGCCCUCUAAGCUUAGUGCCAAUCUGAGGAAGCCCCGAGGUGACGCCAAGAAGUGCCGGAAGGUGUACGGCACGGAGCGCCGGGACCUGUGGUGCACGGCCUGCCGCUGGAAGAAGGCCUGCCAGCGCUUUCUGGACUGAGGGGCUCGGCCACUGGGCUCAGCCACCAGGUUGCAGCCCCUGGGACUGUGGUGCACGGCUGAGCCCUGCACCCGCCCACCAGGGUUCUUACAGGAAAAAACACACUGCACCCCACCCCUGCCCAGGGCCUCUCUAGCCACAGGGUCUACUUUUUCAUGGGGAGGGACGUCAGUGACCCUGGACUCCCAGAGGCGGGGGAGGUCCCACCACUCAAAGUGCCUCCGAAGAAACCAGCCUUUUCUACUAAAGCCACACAGGCCCUGGGGUGGCCGUCCUCCCUGCCUGUCCAUGGACUUGUCAAGGGUGCAGAUAGGCCCAGGUUUGAGGCCACGUGGGAGCCAGACCUGGAUGCACUUGGUGGGGGGGGGGGGGGGCAGGGGGGUCUCCCCUGUCGCAGUUAUCCUGAUGGUUCAAGGGCCCAGGGGCUGACAUUUGUACCAUGUUUUUGAAGCUCAGGUGUCUUGCGUCAGGGCAGUGCCAGGCGAGGAGAAAAAUUAAAGAUUUGGGGUUUUUCCAGAA